AUAGUCUACGGCAACUGGAACGGGCCGCACCGCCUCUACCUGCAGAGUGGGGUCCCUGGGCACAUCCGAUUCCGGGACAUUGCAACCCCCAAGUUCUCCAUGCCAUCCCCUGUCCGCACUGUCAUCGCAGCCGACUUUGACAAUGACCAAGAGCUGGAGGUUUUCUUCAACAAUAUCGCCUACCGCGGCUCCUCUGCCAACCGCCUCUUCCGGCUCAUCCGCAGGGAGCAUUCAGACCCCAUCCUGGAAGAGCUGAAUCCAGGGGAUGCACUGGAGCCUGAGGGACGGGGCACGGGGGGUGCAGUGACAGAUUUUGAUGGUGAUGGGAUGCUGGACCUCAUCCUGUCGCACGGCGAGUCCAUGGCACAGCCAAUCUCCAUCUUCAAGGGCACCCAAGGCACCAGCAACAACUGGCUGCGCAUCAUCCCCCGCACCCGCUUUGGGGCCUUUGCGCGGGGGGCCAAAGUGGUGCUGUUCACUCGGCACAGUGGUGCCCACCUGCGCAUCAUCGACGGCGGAUCAGGGUACCUCUGUGAGAUGGAGCCCGUGGCACACUUCGGACUGGGGCACGACGAAGCCAGCAGCCUGGAGGUGACCUGGCCGGAUGGCCGCGUCGUGGUGCGAGCUGUGGCCAGCAGUGAGACCAACUCUGUCCUGGAGGUCCUCUACCCCCUGGACACGGAGGAGCCACUCAUGCCUGCCCCGCUGGAG